AUGAAGUUCCUGGCACUCCUUGUGUUGCUUGGAGUUUCCACUAUCCUAGUCUCUUGUCAGGACACGGAAACUGACAGUGCUGACACUUCUGACACUGCUGAUUCUACUGGUAGAAACACUGGUUCUGAAACUCAGGCAGAUAGUACUGGUGAAAAGCAAGAUGGUGAUUCCUCUGGUUCAGUCAAUGAACAAAAUGAGAGCACUGAUACCAACACUGCUAAUGAGGCCUCUGAGGAAGACAACAAGGAAGAGACAGAGGAUGAUAACAGUAGCGGGGAUGAUGCCUCCAAUCAGAAAGAAGGGGAAGAUGAUGAAGAUAUUGAUAAUCAACAUUACAGAGCCU